AUGUCCGUUGCCACUCAGGCAAGUACCGCUUUCCAAGCUCGCUCGCUGUUCCGGUCACUUCUCCGUCAAUCGCGGCAAUUUGCGGCAUAUAAUUUUCGGGAAUAUGCCUGGAGAAGGACGAUAGAUGCAUAUCGGGAACACCAGCAUGAAACGGAUCCGCGGAAAAUACAGGAGCUAAUGCAAAAAGGGAUAGAGAAUUUGCGCAUGAUGAAGAGACAAACUGUCAUAAGCCAGUUCUACCAACUAGAUAAGUUAGUGGUGGAAGGCGAAGCUGCGGGUAAGGAAUCUGGAAAAGAGGGAGGCAUCGUGCGGCAGAAGGAUACAGGAAUGUCAUUGCAGUUUCGAUCCUCUCGUCGUUCCCAGGCAUUCGCCGAAACUAUCCAUAGGACAAGAACUGGACAGAUCGAUCACGAUGUCUUUGAAGGUUUCCCGGUACGGCGCUGGGUCCGGCAAACGGUUGUGAUUUCUCAGACCCCCAAGGAUGACCAACCAGACCGUAGAAUUGGAGGCACACAAGCUCGGCCUGAAUUACCAAUGCCUAAAGACAGUCAUCUUUUAACACCAACGAGUCGAGCAUUGCUACGUGCUGCGCGCGCUGGAUGCAAAUAUAUUCGACCCACGCCCCGUAAUGUUGAGGAUGACGAAAAGGAGACCAAAGACGCGGAUGUGGCCGUAGCUCCUCCUCCGUCCGAGCGCACAUUUACCGCUAGAAAGUGGACAUUGUUACCACGUCAUAUGGAACCUCCCGAAGUGGAAUAUCUUGCGAAGAGAAGGACCGGGCUGUCGUCGUUAUAUGGAUCAUCUACAGCAAACAGGACAAUAGAGGUGCAACCCGCGAAGAAACAGCCAAUGAGGAAAACUAAGUUCAAAAAAGUUGACGCAGCUACGGGGAAGGUCUCAAUAUACGAAGCCUGGGUGCCUGAAGGCCAUAAACUAGAAGGGGAGAUAACAGAAGAUGCUGAGGCCGUUGCUGAAAAUGCUGAAGCGACAGUUGUUGCCGCAUCUCCCGCUCCAGGAACGAUUGUUGAAGGUGUUGGGGUAGUAGACGAAGAAGGUGUUGUUGUCGCAGGCGCCGAUGCGGGUAUUGUUGCCCUGGUAAAAAAGAAAUACCCCCCACCCAAAAGAAAGGCAAAGGGUAUUGGAAAAGGCAGACGGAAGAAGGUGAUGUUUGCGCCUGGUGAUGCGGAGGUCGUUCCCACUGCCCCUAGUGCUCCUAGCGAUUCCCAGGCUGCAGGGGACAUGGUGGAAAAAGUUAAGGUUGAAAACUCCAACAUUACAACAGGGUCACAGCAUGAAUACGAAGACGAGGAUGAGGAAAACGAGGGCGAAGAAAGCGAUGAAGGGGAAGGAUCAACGCCGGACUCGAAACCCGCGGAAACUAUUAAGAAAUCCAACCAAGAUAAUGGCAAUGCGCCCGCAGCUCCCGAAAAGGAGGAGCUAAAACCGCCAAUACAAGAACAUCCAUUGAUCUCAGAACAAGAGCAACAAAUAGAUGCGUCAAUGCCACCACGAGUCUUGUCCAGCUCCCCGGACCUCCCUCUUUCAGCUGCCUCUGCUAGUCUUACUACAAAACCGUCCGACGGAGAUAUAUCUCCGACAUCCGAAUCGCAACCAACACUACCAACAGCACCGAAGAGCAUUUCCCCAACCCCAGAUACAACACUCUCUGAAAGGAACGGCGACGCCGCCAAGAACGGACAAGAAUUCCCUCCUUCUGAGCCCCUCUCACAAGAUACACAUACUCAAAAUGGCUUUUCAGCACCACUACCACAAAGCCCUAGAAAGGCCGACGGGUCAGAACCCACUUCUCCUCAACCUGGAGAUCAACCAGGGUCGGCCUCACCGCAUGAAAUUACUCCAUCGGUUGCACCAGAAGCAAGUAGCGGAACUGUUCUUUUUGAUGACGGCGAAGUUGAUCUGCUUGGUAGCCUGGAAGCUAGUCUAGAUAAUGCCAACAAGCCCGAAGCUGCAGACGAUCAAACCCCGUCGGGGGAGAACUGCCAGAACAAUGCCAAUAGUUCGCAACCUGAGACUUCUGUUUCCCAUAAUCCGGAACCUUUUGAGAAAGAAGAUGUUGAAAUGACCGGAUAA